GAUUUUCAUUUCAGUGCUUAGUGAAAAACGCCAUCAGCGGAACCCUUCGCAGAGUUUGUCUCGUGUGAUUUUUUUUAGAUAGUGAAAAUUUCUUUACUGUUUGCCGACGAUUCUCCCGUAUUUUAUAAUUCGCUUUCGAAUGCUGGAAAUAGUGUAAAUUGUUAUGUGCUUCAUAUGAAUUGUGUGAAAAGUGAUGCAUUAAAAGUGUUGAAAGAAAAAUGCGAUGUUGAAAUUUGAUUGCGGUGUUACUGGAAGGUUUUUUCAAUAAAGGCAUAUUGUGGAAAAGUAAUUACUUCAUUGAAACAAAAUAAACUGUUGUGCACGCUAGGGAAAGUGGUUGGUUUAUCGAAGUAAUUAAACCGAACACCCGACAAAGCGGUAGCAAUAGUAAGAGAUACCAACUGAAAAUCACCAAACAGGAAAGUGACUCCGAACCGGACGGCUGGGUAUAGCAGGAGCAGGAUGAUUCACAGCCAUCCCCCUCAGCCACCCCAGCCGCAGCAGGCGCAUCCUCACAUGGGUCACCCGCCCCCGUCGGGACCGACCGCGCAUCAGAUUCCUCCACCGCCGCCUCAUCUGACCCAUCUGACGAGCGUUCCACCGCCGAAUGUUCCACACCAGCAGAAGCCACAGUCGCAAGCGCCACCGCCACCGAGUCGAGAACACCCCGGUCCAAGAAUCAACAACCGACAUCACCACCAUCCACGUGUUUCGGCCGGCGGGGAUCACCACCAGUCGUCUUUGUCUGGUGGUGGUCCGCACAUGCCAUUACAAGGCUCUAGAAAACCUCCAUCGCAACAUUAUGGCACUGCCAAUGGUAUGGGACCCGGUGGUGGCAUGGGACCGAAACACCAGCACUCGGGUGGAAUGGGGCAUCCCCCGAAGAACCUACCGUACAGCAUCAAUAAUAACAGUAGCAACAGUAGCCACCAACAUCAUCACCAUCAGCAACCGCAGCACCAUCACCAGCAGCACAGUCACCACAGCCAUCACCAUACCGGGCACCACAAUCCGGCGCCGAUUCCGGUAGUGUCGGCCGCCGGUCCGGGGGCGUCUAAAGCUCGCAUGAUUCCAUCGCAUGAACCCAAAAUCAUUCACAACCACAGCAAUACGGCACCAGUAGGUAACACAGCGAAUGCAAUAGUGGUCCAUCAGGUGGACACCAUCCAACAGCUAUCUGGAGGAAUUUCCUCCUCAACCGCCACUACCACAGUCGGAAGCAGCGUCGCCACCCAUGCAAGCGCCAACAUCAGCAGCAACAAUACGGCCAACGCACCGGUUUCCAACAGCAGCGGUCUUCCAGUGAUCGGUGGUAGCGGAGGCGGAGGAGGAAGUGGUGGAACGGCAUCCACAACCGCCAUGGCAGCUCCCAAUGCCACCGUGGUGGUCCUGGGCUCGUCUCCAGAUAGCAACAAUCUGAAAGAUUCAUCUACCGUACAGUCACAGUCGCUACUGCUGUCGUCUGUACCAGAAACCUUGGCAAACACUAAAGAGAAAACACCAAUGUGUUUAGUUAAUGAAUUAGCACGUUACAACAAGAUCCAGCACCAGUAUCGGCUAACCGGCGAGUCAGGCCCAGCCCACAAAAAGCGCUUCACGGUCACACUCAAGUUAGGCGAUGAAGAAUACACAGCCGAAGGCCCGAGCAUCAAGAAGGCGCAACACAGCGCUGCUCACGAUGCUAUUGGGGCCACAAAAUAUAAACAUCCACCGGCUAAAACCAACCGGACCAAAGCAGGAGGAAAGAUCAACAUCGGCAACAUAACUCCCACGGUUGAGCUAAAUGCACUGGCAAUGAAACGAGGGGAACCCACUGUAUACGAAACGGAGCAGGUUAUCACAGCGCCAAAAUACCCCGUCAACGGCCAUCCUCCUGGGGUCCCGAAUGGUCCCCAACAGGGUAGCACUGGCAGUCAAAACUUCUUUUCGGCUCCUCCUCCUCACUACGGUGGAUAUAACCGUAACAAUAGUAUGUACAACACACCUCCGCCGGGUGGUGUGCGAUACGGCGCACCACCACCAAACUCCUUCAACAGACGGAAUCCUAUGGGUGGAAAACCGGACUACCAUAACCGUGGAUACUAUUAUAAUCAGCACGUACCACCUAUGGCGCAACCGGUACCGGAAGUGUAUAAAGUGACUCUCCACGUGGGAGAGCGGACAUUUUUAGGCGAAGGUCAUACGCUGCAGGCAGCUCGACAUGAUGCGGCGGCUCGUGCCCUGGAGGUAUUGAAACCAUUGACACCGGAUACGACCAACGCCGUAUCGGACAGUCACAACACAUCGAUCGACAGUGACGAUCCCAACUCCGAGCUAAAAUCUCCGAUCUCCCUCGUGCACGAGAUGGCACUGAAACGCAAGUUGACGGUUCAAUUCGAAGUUCACGGCGAAAAGGGACCUCCUCAUAUGAAGGUUUUCACGACUUUGUGCAAGGUGGGUAGUAUCGUCACGGAAGGGGAGGGUAAUGGGAAGAAACUUUCAAAAAAGCGAGCUGCGGAAAAAAUGCUCGACGAAUUGAAGAAGCUUCCUCCGGCUUCGCCAGAAAAGAAUACCCGAAUGUUGCUGAAGCAGAAGCGUAAAGUACCGCUGCCGAAGAGGAAGACUCGUAACCUAAUAAAGGAGAAAGGUGACGAAGAUCCGACCGGCAUGGUGAAUCCGAUCAGCCGUUUGAUGCAGAUUCAGCAGGCCCGCAAAGAGAAAGAACCGGUGUACACGUUGUUGGAGGAGCGCGGCGUUGCACGGCGUCGUGAGUUCAUCAUGGAGGUAUCGGCAAGUGGCAAGUCAGCCACCGGUGUCGGUCCUACCAAAAAGCUAGCCAAAAAGGAAGCCGCAGAGAAUUUGUUGGUCCUGCUGGGAUGUGGUCGAACGGUUCCAGGUGCCCUUGGUGGAGGAUCUCCGAACAAGGAAAAUAUGUCGGGCAGCGCAAACGAUGUGGUGGACAAACCGGGGCGGAAACUUGCGUUUAGUGAGAAUGGGGCGCCAGUGAUGAGCGGAAAAGUUGCUCAACAUGGACGUGGUGAGAGCGGAGCAGCCGGACGACAGAUUGUUCCUGGAGUGCUGCAAUUGAAUUCAGGCAUGCCAAAUAAACCUAUUCCAGCAACGCCACGCAGAGAUUCGUCUCUGGAAACUAAUAAUCCGGUUGAACCCAGCAACACUCAAAUGGGCACCGCCACUGCACCCUCGGUCAUCAAUUCGCCUGGUAGUGCAAAUGUGGCUCCUCCCAGUACAGCGCCGGUCGCACCUGUACCGACUACUACGAGCAGCUCCUCCAAUGUGGAGGUGGGACCAAUGAAGAAGCAGCUCAUGUAUCUGGCUCAGCUUUUGAAAUUUGAAGUAAUGUUCUCAGACUUCCCCAAAGGCAACCACGGUGAAUACCUAACUCUGGUAACUCUAUCAACCGAACCUCCCCAAUUGUGCCACGGAAGUGGUGCCAGCCUGGAAGAGUCACAUGAUGAGGCGGCACGUGGUGCGCUCGAGAUUCUUAGCAAGAUCGGCUUGGACAAUGUCAAGCCAAAGGGUAGCAGUGCCGGUAGUGGUGCAGAUGAAAGUAAGUCCAAACCUCCCUUAAGUAAUGGGUUGAAGAAGUAAAACUUAUCAAAUGGGGGUAUCGCGAAAAAAAACAUUUCAGGAAGAUUGAGCCAUUGGAAAUAGAGAUCGAUUAGAUAACUAUUUCCGCUGGUUUAAUCUAAUCGAAAUGAUCGGGGUCGAGUUAAGUUAUGAAACUGCCAUGAUUAACUAAAUGAAAAACAUGAGUUUGUCUGAAGGCAAACGAAAAAAUGGGGGUAAGACGAUGCAUUUAAUGAAUCUUCUUAUAAAUUCAUGGUUUUCGGUCAAAUGCUACUGCAUUAACUAAACAUAUUGAACAUCAAGAACGAAACAAUGGGUUAACAAGAUAAUCACAGCUCACACGCAAUGAGAGAAGUGGUCAAUUCGCUUGAAGCCACUGGUUUGAUUAAUAGGAUUCGUCUGAUGAGGGAGAACGUGCCCUCCUAGACCUGUUCUAUUAAUUCGAAUUUUAGUAAUAUAUCUGUCUACAGGACGGAACUUUCAACUUUUGACACGGUUGCUACACUGGAACAGUGCUUAGUUACGUGUGCCACAAGUGAAAUAAAAAGAAAAACAAUUGAUUACCAUUUACCUAAACGACAGUAACAACACAUAAUGUUGGUGAACAAUUGACAAAACAAGUAUUACGAAGAUUGAAGGUUCUUAAUCAUAUGGAAUCGAUUUAAGCGAUUGGAGUGCUGCAGAGCUACACUGGAAGGGCGUCCGGGAAAACGGAAAGGAUAAAGUUAAAGGGCAUAAAAGCCAUUAUAAACGUUCUACUACUGCAUAAUCUUAUUGAUAACGAGGCGAGUUCUGUACGGUACUAUUGAUCGCUGACUGAUGGCGAGUGACAGUGGUUUGUAGCAUCAGAGUCAGUCAGCCGAUCGAAACACGUUUUUUCUAAUGUUGUAUUGUUUUAAUCGUAGUUUGUGUAUUGUUUAAAAACCUUCAUAUAAAAUAUCAUAGUUUAAAAUACAGGACAUGGUGAAUGGGCAGUAACAGAAUGAGUUUACACCACUGUGGACUCAUGCACAAUAGAUUCUCGAUGUUGAGCUUGUUUGGCUUAAGCGCAGGUGGCGCUUUAAGUGCGGUACUUGAUAACUUGAUUGUAUGGGAAGAAUAGGUGGCGUGAUUUCGAAGAGAAUUUUGCUUGCAACAUCUUGGGAGUAAUAAAAGCAUUUAAUUCAUACGAUGAAGUACCAAAUAUUUUAGCGGUGUCGUUUCUAACAACAAAUAAACACAUGCGGCAAAGCUUCACUUUUGACGCUACAGCAGCAACUUACUGCUUUCGAAUUCAGUAGUGGCAAAUCUAGUACCGCAUUAUAUGAAAUUAAAUAACAGCUAACAACGUUCGAGAUUUUACUGUGAUCGUACAAGUAGCAGACGUUUGUCCAACGAUAGGUUGAUGUAAUCAGGAUCCUAAUUUAUUUGAGACUUGCUUCCAGGCAAGGCCUGCCAGUUUGGGUUCUGUAGAAACGAUUCUAGUACUCCAUAAAAGUUGGACAAGCGUCUUCACUACACAUAUUAUUCACCAUUUAAGCUAAGUGUGUUUCUACUAGUAAUACAUAUAUCUAUAAGAAAUAAUGUAUUUUUUCAGUACUACAAUUUCUACCCAUCAAUACACGAACACUCAUACAUACAAAAAAAAACACCCAUAGUUCACUCACACAGUUACAGUUCAUUAAUCUAUUUAUUCUACACUCAAAAUACAAUCUGGCGACAAUAGUUGUGCAGUAAGCCUGGAUUAGUUUCUUUUCAUUUUUUCAAAUAUUGUCACAUGCAACAUACACAAUAGAGAUAGCUCAGAAUAUACCCCCGCAAAUACAUACCGGUCAGCAUCAAGCGCAUACUUUAACAUGUCCCUUUACGUAACACAAGAAGAAAAAUACAUUCUUUCCCGGAUAUUAAAACUAAAAAAUAGAAAACAAGAGCAGAAAUCAUUGUUAUUAAUUAACUGCUUACACAGUAACAAUUACAAUUACUAAAGCAACUAACUAACCAGCAGAAACACAUUUCAUUGUUCACGGCAAAUAAACAACAAUUGUAGUACUAGAAUCGAACAAACACCGUCAGCAGCAAUUAGGCAUAUGGUAAUUGAUGAGAUAAAAACGAGAAUGGAGAACAAUUUUCCUUCCUCAAAACGAGAAGCAAACAAAAAGUAAGACAGAAACAGAAAAUUUGAAACAAUUAUUGCAAAUUGUUACUUUUUACUUUUUACCUAUUGCAAUCUGAUAAAAAUAGAAACAGUUUACUGCAUUUGUAUGACACCAAUGGUCAUCAGUGCGCAACUGUCGAGUUGACGAUUGAUCGAACAACGAUUGAGUAUUUGUAGGAUUAACUGGUUAGGAUUCGACUGAUUCUGGUACUUCGUGUUAAGUAAUACUAGAAUACUGCCUGUAAACGCACAUCUGUCCCAUCUUUGGUGGGUUUCCUAUUUAUAUGGGACAAAUAUGCGUUUACAGGCAGAAUAGGUUAUUGACGAAGAACAAAAUGAGACUAUACAAACAUCAAACAUCAAUGCUAGCUGAGGGGCGGUGAAUUAAUGCUGCAUGGGAGACACUGGAACUGUGAUAACCGCCAAUUGUAGAAAGACGGUGAAUGACGAAGGGUGGGCGACAAUUUUCAUUACACACAUCUAGAACACAAACCAGGCGGAUUAAAUUUAAACAUUACAAUUGUUUCUUCGGCCUCCCCAGUUUCCUAGAUCAGAGUAAAAUCGAAAACCAAACCAGAUUACCCAGGCGAACGUGUGUUCCAAAAAGAAUCACUUAUUCUAUUUUGUUCUCCACCGGGUGAAUGGUUGAAUCAGUUUAAUUACAAGAAAUUAUCAGCGGAAUGGUGCGUUGAAAGGACUGAAAUUAUGAGGAAAUAUUUUUUGUAGAAUUACACCUUCCAGCUUUCCAUAGGACUCAACACAAAGCCUCUCUCGUUCUAGUAUUAUAGGUCAAUUUCGCGAAAUGCGUUCAUCCUGCCAUACUUAUAUUGACACAACGUUCAAUGAAAGACAAUCAAAUUGAUUGCUAAAUUUGAAAGGUUGUGCAGCUCAUAUGCUUAUAUACGAUGGUCUUCAUUUAUAGAGAUAACUAAUUGAUGAGGUUCACUGAAACAUAAGAAAAAUGAUUUUAUAACUCAGUCGACAUUCUAAUACGAUGAUAAUCCAAACAAUGCUGAACGUUGCUAAAUUCGAUCAAUAUUUCAAGAUUGCAAAAAAGAAAUCUACAAGUCAACCAAAAAAUUGGGAAUAUCCGUUUGAUAGAAAGUCAUUUGGGUCGGUUUAUAGACUGCGACUACGAACGGUUGUUUAGAAAAAUCACUUUAAACCGAAUGACUUUUGGCCAAAUAGAAUACCCCUUCCAAAACAAAACUAUAAGAACCAUUCGAUGAUUUUAUUAAAAUUUCUAUGUUUUUGUUCCGGCAUGUUUCUGUUGUGAUUUGUUAAAAAUAUUUUCGUUGUAAUUGUUGAAAACAAAAUUUAUCGAAUGAUUUUUAUACGCGCAUGCAAAACAUGUAAACAAAAGUAAGAAACAAUAAACUCAAUCCUGAUGAAAAAAGUUAAAUACGAAAAAACUCGGAACCAUGAAUGCACGGUAGCAAAAUUUGUUUGAUGUUUUUAUAAAAAAAGGAAAUGUUGUUUCAAAAUUAUUUACAAAAAAACAGAAAAUUAAAUGAGACAAAUAGAAAUUUCGUAACACCAUUAACUUUUCAUAUUCUCGAAAGGAUCAUUUCCGAAUCUGAAUCUUGUUCUGGAAACAAAAUAAGUAAACUUGUUAAGGACAUCCGAGUUUACUAAGGAUGAUUUUAAAGUGUGCAGGAACUCAAAAAAAUAAUCCACCUAUUCAAAGGAACACAUAUACGCCAGAAAGCAGAAAACAA